AGUGCCUCAUUAAAUAUAAUCAUGGACGAUCCGUCGAUGAUGCCGGAUUUAUCCCAUUUAUCUGCAGAAGAACGUGAAAUAAUAGAAAAUGUCUUCAAACGACAAAAAGAUGAGGAGGCAAAAGAAACACAAAUAUCACAAAAAGCAUCUGAAGAAUUGUCAGAGUUAGACAAACAGAUCACGGAGCGGAAAGAAACAUCGAAAAAGCUGGUUGGCACACAAGAUGACGCGAUCUGUCAAAUCUGUCAGAAGACCAAAUUUGCGGACGGAAUUGGCCACAAGUGCUUUUAUUGUCAAUUGCGUAGCUGCGCCAGAUGUGGAGGUAGAGCACAGAGCAAAAAUAAGGCAAUCUGGGCUUGUUCGUUGUGCCAGAAACGUCAACAAAUUCUUGCCAAAACAGGCAAAUGGUUCCAACCCGAAGAGCAGCCGCAGCCGAAAAUUAGCGGCUCCGAGCCAAGCCCUUCGCCCCAACCACUAACUGACGACAACGUACCAGAACCGCAGCAGAGGCGAGCAGAGCCGCCUGAUAAAAUGAACACUCCAAAUUAUCAAAACAACCAACAACCCCGUGGAAUGGGAAUGCAGCCAAAUCAUAAUCAAACUCAGCAGAAUUUCAUGAAUCAGAACCAAAAUUCAAAUCAACAUCCAAAUCAAAACCACAAUCAGAAUCAAAUGCAGAACCCGCAUCAAAAUCAAAAUCAUGUUCAAAAUAAUCAUCAAGGAGCCAACAAUCAUCAACAGAAUAAUCGAAGAGCUAUGCAACAACAGCCAAUGAGUCAAAAUCAGGCAAAUCAGAUAAAUCAGAUGAAUCAAAACCAAAAUCAACAACAGAGCCACAAUCAGAAUAUGACUCAAAACCAGAGAAACCAGACUGGCCCCCAAAACCAACAAAGGACAAAUGACUCUCGAACUAUGAAACAAACGCCUCAACAGCAGCCCAGUCAGUAUCAAAACAACGUAGGCGCGGCACAUCAACACCAUAAUCAACAUGGACAACAAGAGCAGCAUCAUCAACAAAUGAAUGAACAACGGACGGAUAACAACAGAAUGAGAGAGAAUACUAACGGGCAAGGAGGAAUGUUCAAUAGGCAGCCGUCAUUAGAGCAAACUACGCCCAUGAACAAAUACAAUCACGUUGAGGAUGAUGGCAUGAACCAGCGACCCACGUUCUACACUGGAAAUUCCGAGAAUGACCAAAGACAAUUUGAUGGCCAAAUGCAACAGGGCUCACAACAAAAUAAUCAGAAUCAGAACCAAAACAACCGAAAUCUUAGAAAAAACACAGUCAGCCGGGUAACAGAGGAGGAUUAUGCAAGUUCGUCAAACUUCGAAUCUAAGAAACAGCGGAACAACUCUUCACAGAGUCAGUCCAACACGCAAGGCGUGCGAGCAUGUCCUUCUACUGACGACCAUUUGAACCGGGUGAAAAAUCGAUUGCAUAGGCAACUUCGAUCAAUGUCAUCUUCUGAAGAGGAUAUUAUUGCUGGAGGCGGUGGUAACACUUUGAAGAUGUCUACGUCAGCAGUUGUGGCCUCUGGUGGGAAAACCGCAUUUCAUGAUGAUAUGGGAGCGUCGAAUGUGCAGAGGUUGUCCGAGGAAUGCAAUUCUGAGAAGGACCUCCUUCGAUAUAUUUAUGGCGAUCAUAAAAACUCGGAUUCAUCGUCGUUGGGCGCUGGUGUAGGCGGCAGUGGUGGUGGCGGUGUCUUGAGCGGAAACAGCGUGCUGAAAAGUAAAUCACAUGCUUUACUGAAGGGGUCUUACCAAGGGGGUUUAGACAUGCAAGCUAAUCGAAGGCGUGACAAAUCGCUGUCCUUGUCACCAUCGAGAAAUGAUCAUUUUGGAACAGGGAGCAUAUCUGGCGGAGAUUUGUUGGCAUCACGGAUACGAACAUUUUUAUCACAUCCUGUAACAUGGCAACCUUCUGCUGAUCAGAAAAAAUUAAUAGGGCACAUGAUACUUCAUCGAACUGAAAAUUCUGCAGCCAACGGGGAUCUCGGUUUAAAAAUUGUAGGCGGCCGAAGAACGGAUACCGGGAAGCUCGGUGCAUUCAUUACUCAAGUUAAGCCUGGCAGUGUGGCGGACACCAUUGGAAGACUCCGUCCUGGCGAUGAAGUAGUAGAAUGGAAUGGACAGUCUCUGCAAAAUGCCACAUAUGAACAAGUAUAUGAUAGCAUCGCUGCAAGCAGAUAUGAUACUUCUGUCGAGCUGAUUGUUAGUAGGAGUGCAAUUAUUCCUGGAGGUGACGACUUCCUCAACCUUACUCCCUCACAAAUGUCAUCCUCGGCGUAUUCAAGAGUGCCAUCUGCAUAUCCAUCUCAAUUUCAGCGUCAAUUACCCAACCCUGACCUUUUUCUUGACAUACAUCCCGCUUUACAACAAUUAUCAUUACCACAUUCACAAUCAGCCGUAUUCCCUCAUAAUAACACAUUGACUUCACGCAAUCGUUCGACAUCAAGCUAUUAUUAUUCAGAUGUGCCCGACCUUGGUGUUCCAAGCAAUAGGGAGAUGCAGGAGAGCCAAGCUUUUGGAACAGGACACAUAUUUGGACGAAUAGAAGUUUCAUUUGUGUAUUCUCAUCAUGAUCGACAACUCUCAGUUGCUCUCGUUCGUGGGUUUGAUCUACCACCAAGAUCCGACGGGACUCCCAGAAACCCAUAUGUGAAAAUAUUUUUACUGCCUGAUAGAAGUGAAAAAUCUAGACGGCAGUCUGCUGUUAUAGCAGAGACACUCAUGCCAGUUUGGGAUGAAGUUUUUUACUAUAAUGGCCUUACUGAACCGAUGUUGUUGCAAAGAGUACUAGAGCUAACUGUCUGGGAUUACGACAAAUUUGGUACAAACAGUUUUCUUGGCGAGACAUUGAUUGAUUUGGCGUCAGUGCCACUUGAUGGAGAACAUUCACUCAUGUGCAUUCUUGUUGAUAUGGAUGACGAUAACCCGCUGAGAACGGUAAUUAGUAUUUUCAAAUUCCAUGUUAUUAUUCUCACUUUUUUGCAGCGUUUAAAAUUGAGAAAAGCGUCAUACAACGCACCGACACGACGUCCGCAGUCGGAGCUCAAUUAUUACGAUCACUCCUCCAACUAUUAUGACCACAUCAGUCAAAACAUAGACAAGCAGCCGCAUCAUCAUCAUCUUGCCCCAAAUGACGAGGAGAAUGAUGAAUACAUUGACGACGACGAGCUUGAGAACGACAUUGACCUGGCGACAGGCGGUGGCGCGCGGAAGAGCAGGACAUAUAGACGUGAGAAAGGGAUGCACGGUGGACAUGGGUAUGCUGAUUGGACACAAAACCACCAACGUCAAUCAGGCUACACAUCUGAUCAUGGGUAUGGAAGGCAAAACAUGAUUGGUCGAGCCUACAACCGACGACAGCAAAGACGUCCGCGUAGUGCAACCGCACUAUCGCAAAUGGAAAGGGAGGAUAUGUACGAUCCAACAAGGAAGCAUCGGGAUGACAAUGAGUACUCAAUGAGAGAAUCUGUUCGACAUGGCUCGCAAUAUUACUUGGGUGAUCAGCCGUUGUACGAAGAUGGACGCUACAAGAUUUCGCAAGGCCAGAUGACGCCAAAACAGCAUAAUCAGCAACACCAGCCACAUCCGUUGUCGCAAGCUCAUCAGCAGCAACAGACUGCCGGAGUACAACCCCAACACCAUCAGGGCUUUCAACAACAGCAGCACCCACAACAACCGAAUCAACAAAUGCAACAAAUGCAGCCUCCAAUGCCUAACCAGGGAUAUUAUAGUGAUGGAAGUGAAACGCUAAGUGUGCAUUCAACAAAUAGCAUGCCAACUACAAUGACAACUGUCAAUAGGAGAAACAUGAAUGCAAACAAUACUUCGAAUGACAAUACUUCUUUUGCUGAAACUCCCACUGCCAACACUAACCGAGUCCCAAUCAAAGAGACUAAACAAAACUCUUUGGCAAGUUCGUCAUCUGUGGCAGGCGGAGGCUCUGCUGCUAACAAUGUGAUGAAGGAGCGAAAGAAAAGUUUAAUGACACGUUUUAUACCAGGAAGGGGAGCAGAAGGGAAAAGAACCGGUUUUGCUAGAUCUGAGGAAGUUGGAAUUCCCGGAAACUUGUCUUCAGAUCGGCUCACCGAACCCACUCCUCCCUUUCUGAAGCAAGCCAGCAAGGAAAGCACUGAUUCUGCUCACUCAGACAAGUUUGCACGCCAAUGUUGGCUUCCAGUGCUCGCUGAUGGUCCUCUUGGUACAUUUGUCGACAAUCUUGGUCCGGGUCAGGUUGUCGGUCGUCAAGUGCUUGCCUCACCGGUGCUAGGAGAGAUUCAGAUCGCUUUAAUGGCCGGUAGAAGCGGCAUUGACGUCGAAAUUAUCAAAGCUAAAAAUCUGGUAGUAAAACCGGGAGUGAAAGUUUGUCCAGCUCCCUAUGUAAAAGUGUAUCUUAUGGAGGGCAAACAAUGCAUUGCCAAAGCAAAGACAAACGCCGCCACUAAAACAACUAGUCCAUUAUUCCAGCAACAUUUAAUAUUUAAUGAUAGUCCAAAGAAAAAAACGCUUCAGGUAACAGUGCUUGGUGAUUACGGUCGUAUGGAAAGAAAAGUAUUCAUGGGGAUUUCGCAAAUCCGAUUAGAAGACCUCGAACUCGGAUCUCAACCACUAAUAGGGUGGUAUAAACUGUUUCAUAGUUCUUCGCUUGCUGGCACUGGUCCAGUUCGAAAAGAUUCCGAUGUAUCAGUUGGAGGUGCUCAGCAGUAACAAAUUUCAUAUGUUUUUGUUUGUUUUUUGUCUUAAUUACCACAGGUCAUUUCUCUCUUUCUAUCGUCAUUUUCUUGUCAUUUUUUCUUUCUUGAGCAUUGGCAACAAAUUUAUUCGUUAUGCAUUAUGGGUACUUGUUUCUCGCUUUUUAAUGUAUAAUCUCAAUUCUUGAACUAAAACUCUCAGUGCUUCUGAAAAUUAUGGUUACAAUGAAUUAGUUUAUUAAA